CUAUUCCCUAGCUGGGGUAGCUCUAUAAGGGGGUUCUAUAGGGGUUUCCCCGCUAUUUGGGGUAGCUCUGUAAGGGGAGGGUCUGUGGGGCACCCCCGUUUUGGGGUAUAUAUAAGGGGGGGUGUCUGUAAGCUUUGCCCCCCCCCCCAUCUUAGCUCUGCAGGGAGGGUUUAUGGGGCUUUGCCUCCCAUAUGGGGUAUCUUUGUAAGGGGGUCUAUAGGCUUUUGCUUUUCUUUUACCCCCACCCCAUUUGGGUACCUCUGUAACUUGGAGGGGGUGGGGGGCUGUGUAGUUUCUUCUCCUCUAUAGUAACUCUGUAAGGGAGGUCUGUGGGGUUUGUCCCCCAAUCUGGGUUAACUGCAAGAGGGGUCUGUGGGGUUUGCCCUCCUUUACCCGGCCCCCCCAGCUGGUGUAGCUCUGCAAGGGGGCCUGUGGGGUUUGCCUCCCCUUAUAGAGGGGUUUGUGGGGCUUCCCCCCUUCAUACUGGGUGUCUCUUCAAGAGGGAGCUCAGGCUGUGGGCUUAGAUCUAAGUAACUGUUAUAUGUAUGGGGACUUGUAGCAUAAGUGAGCAAGGGCUAGUGGGGGUUUGAGCCCCCCAUAUAGGGCAGGGCUGGGCUCUGAACCUCCUUCAAGGGGUUAGCAGGGUGUGGGGCUACCCAAGGAGAGGGCCUCGAUCCACCCAGUGAGGCCAGGCAGGAGCCCCCUCAUUCAGCCUGUGGAUGCUGCGCUCCUGGAGAUGAUGCCACCUGAAGAGGAGAGCCCUGAUGGGGAAGGGGACAGGGACAAUGCCCUUGUCCUCCUGCAAGGUCUGAAGAGCAGCAGCACCCGGAAGCAGGGCUGUGACCCAUUUGCGCAGACCCAACGCAGCAAACUGCAGCAUCGCCGGGCCCGGAUUAACCAGCAGAUCAACAAGGAGAUGAGGAUGCGAGCGGGGGCAGAAAACCUCUUCAGGGCCACCAGUAACCACAAGGUCAAAGAGACAGUUGCCCUGGAGCUGAGCUACGUGAACUCCAACCUGCAGCUGCUGAAGGAGGAGCUGGAGGAGCUGAACAGCAGCAUGGAUGUGUACCAGAAUGACAGUGAGUCCAUCAGCGUCCCCAUGAUCCCUUUGGGUCUGAAGGAGACGAAGGAGCUGGAUUUGCUGACACCACUGAAGGAUUUCAUCAGUGAACACUAUGGAGAGGAGGGCAUCUUGUUUGAGAAAGAAAUCAAAGAGUUCAUGGAGCUGAGGCAGGCGAUGCGCACCCCAAGCCGCAAUGAAGCUGGGCUCGAGCUCUUGAUGGAGUAUUACAACCAGCUCUACUUCCUUGACUGCCAUUUCUUCCCUCCCACCAAAAGCCUGGGUGUCUACUUCCACUGGUACGACUCGCUGACUGGGGUCCCAUCCCACCAGCGAGCACUGGCCUUCGAGAAGGGCAGUGUGCUCUUCAACAUUGGAGCUCUGCACACCCAGAUUGGAGCACGGCAGGACCGUGCCUCCCUGCCAGGGCUCAACCAGGCCAUCGAUGCCUUCCAGAAGGCAGCAGGUGCCUUUAACUACUUGAAGGAGAACUUCUCCAACGCUCCCAGCUUGGAUAUGAGCGCUGCCUCUCUGAACAUGCUGGUGCGGCUGAUGGUUGCCCAGGUCCAGGAGUGUGUCUUUGAGAAGAUGACGCUGCUGCGUGCCCAGCACGACUUCCUCACACAGCUCCAGCUCGCCCAGGAGGCAGCAAGGGUAGAAGAUGUCUACUCUCUGGUUCACCAGACGAUGACGCAGGCCCACGUGAAGGAUUAUGUUCCCUUCUCUUGGACCACCAUGGUCCAUGUCAAAUCGGAGCAUUUCAAAGCCCUCUCUCACUACUUUGCUGCCAUUGCCCUCUGUGACUGCCCUGUGGCAUCUGAUGCUGAACUGCCAGAGCAGGAGAAGGCUUUUAUCCAGUUCCAUGUCACCAUGCCAGAGGGACCAUCACUCCGUGUCCUGCUGCAGGACCCUGAGGAGAGGAGGAAGCUGGGCAAAGCGCAUCUGAAGAAAGCCAUCAUGAAGCACGAGGAAGCCAUGAGGAUUCACGGCUUGUGUAAGAUCCUCAGGAAGAUGGAUAUCCUGCAGGAGGUCCUCUCCUUUGCCCACAAGCGUUCGUUGAGCAAAUACUCUGAAAUCGACCAUGAGGAGGACUUCUUUGAAACUGGAGAUGCUCCAGAUAUUCACCCCAAAACGCACCAGAAACCAGAGAUCAAACCCCCCAACUUCUCCCAGGUGAAGGUGACCGACCUCUUCCACAGGCUGGGGCCCCUUUCAGUUUUCUCAGCCAAAAACAAGUGGUACCCGGUGCGGAGAGUCCAUCUGAUGAGAGGAGAGAACGGGUUUGGAUUCACACUCCGAGGAGACUCCCCUGUUCUCAUUGCUGGGGUUAUCCCAGGGGGCUGUGCUUCUGAAGCUGGGUUGAAGGAAGGAGACUACAUCAUCUCAGUGAAUGGCAAGGAUUGCAAGUGGUCCAAGCAUGCUGAGGUGGUGCAGCUGCUAAAGAGCACUGGGGAGGAGGGAGUGGAGAUCGGUGUGAUAACCCUGCAGGGCUCGGAGGGACCGAAAGCUGCAGACAAGAAGGCAGCAGCAAUGUCCUCGGGCAGUGGGGUGCUGAAGAGCAACAAGGAGAACAGCCGGAAGAGCUUGAUGAACAGCAAGAGCGCCAGCACGCUGCUGGUGUGGAGCAAGAAGAGCAAGCGGAGCAAGAAGAGCACCUACGGCAUCCCCUUCACCACGGUGGGAGACAACGAGGUCAUGUACUGAAGCAGCUACAGGGUUAGUUUGUGUCCUACCACUCCAGGGCUGGCUGCCCAUGAACCCUUGCAAGCACUGGUGGCCUCCAGGCUGUGCUGGUGUCGGUGCUGCAAGGAACCCCCCCUGUCCCAGGGAUGUGCCGCUGGUCGGAUCCUCUCCAAAGAGGCGAGUGAUGCACAGCACCA